UUUACUUCCGGGACGACACUGUUGCAAAAAAUGGCUUCUCUUGACAGGGUAAAAGUAUUAGUUUUAGGCGAUUCCGGGGUGGGUAAGUCUUCCUUGGUCCAUCUGCUCUGUCAGAAUCAGGUGUUAGGAAAUCCAUCGUGGACUGUUGGCUGCUCUGUGGAUGUACGGGUCCAAGACUAUAAGGAGGGAACCCCGGAGGAGAAAACCUACUACAUAGAACUCUGGGAUGUCGGAGGAUCUGUUGGCAGUGCCAGCAGCAUCAAAAGCACCAGAGCUGUCUUCUACAAUUCGGUUAAUGGAAUUAUGUUGGUACACGAUUUAACAAAUAAGAAGUCCUCUCAGAACCUUUACCGCUGGUCACUAGAAGCUUUAAACAGGGAUUCGUCUCCAACAGGAGUUAUUGUUUCUAACGGCAGUGACUAUGACAGAGAGCAGUUUGCUGAGAACCCAGUGCCUCUGCUGCUGAUUGGUACAAAGUUUGACCAGAUCCCAGAGAACAAACGCAAUGAAGUUCUCACUCGGACGGCCUUCCUGUCCGAAGACUUCAACGCAGAGGAGAUCAAUCUCGACUGCACCAACCCGAGAUACCUUGCUGCAGGCACGUCAAAUGCAGUGAAGCUUAGCAGGUUCUUUGACAAGGUAAUAGAGAAGAGAUAUUUCACAAGAGAUCCCAGUCAGAUGACGGGUUUCACAGACAGAAAACGGUUCAACUUCAAAAGUUUGCACUAUGACUGACAAGCCGUGUGCACAACAGCAGUGGUCUGUGGCUUAACCGUAAUGCAUCUGGGCUUUUACACCACAAGUAAAGCAUCACGCUCACUGAAAUGCUUCCUGUAAACCCCCCACCACCAACUAUUGUUUUUUCUCUGCCAUUUCUUCUUUAUACGAAGCUGAACACUUUUUUCUUUUUGCUGUUAUGUUAGCUUAAGUUGACUUAAAAUUGUGCUGCAAAAAUACAAAUGAUAAUAAUAAAAUAAUUACUGAAAAUAAUAACCUUAAAUAUGUAUAUAGUCUAUAAAACUUGCAUAAUAAUUUUGUAAAAGGGAGUUAAGCACAUUUAAGAAGUGAAGGAACAGGCUUUAGCAAGAAGUUGUAAAAGGACAGGAGUACGCGAUAAAUGUACAGUGAGACUUUUGUGGUAAAUCAAGUUUUUAAUUCCUUUUUUUUGUACAAUCACUUGUAUUUUUCCACAUGCAAAACACUUACAUAUACCUCUAUAAGUUCUUUUUUUU